GCAAACAGUUGCCUCUAGAGAUAGCUACCGAAAUGACCAAGUUCGUUGCGAAGAAAGCUAUCCUGCUGCUCUCCCUGCUCCUUCUGGGCACGGCGGAGUCAAAGCCACUGGAUGCGGAACAGCAGCAUAUCGAUGAUCAGCAUGUGCGAAAGGAGCGUCAGCUGAAGAUGGCCGGUUCUGCGGAUCCAGACGUUAAAAUGGUGGCCAACGUGACUCCAGCGACGGGAUCUCAACCAAUGUCGAUGACCAUGGGUGUGCCAAUGAACCAGAUGGCCCUGAGCUCGGUCGGUGGCCAGUUGGUGCGGUAUCCCAACUACCCGGGUCUGAUCUAUCCUGGCCUUGCGCCGGCACCUGGCCUAAAUGGUGUUCCCGGUCUGCAGACGAAUAUUGCCAACAACUAUCCCUCGUAUCCGGAUCCCAAUCUGACUGGUUCAGUUCCUGGCUUCAAUCCCUUUGGCUCAUUCGGCUACCCAGGCGUGGCACCCAUGUAUGGAAACUCCCUGAUGUAUCCCAACCCCCAGCUGCCUAAUGGAUUUGUGCCCAAUCCAGCCGUAGAUAACUUUCAAUCGCUGAACAAUAUUGUCAAUAUGGCCAAUGUUCAGGGAUUGGCUGGCGGCAGUUCCGGAAUAUAUCCAGCACCUCAAGGAUUCGGUGGCGUUAGCCCGGGUCUAUAUCCCGCUCCGCAGGGAUUCGGUGGAGCCAAUCCAGGAUUGUAUCCAGCACCUCAGGUCAACAUGCAGGGAUUGUAUCCACCAUCCGGCGGUUUCCUGGAGCGCAUGAACAUGCAGGGCUAUGCCCCAGGCUUUUAAUUGAGCCUUAAAAAUCCAUAUAUAAUAAGCUAAUUUAUUUUAUUUAUUUUCGAUAAAUACAAGAACAUUUAUACAACAG